AUGCUUGUUUUUGAUGUCCGAUCAGAUUAUUGUGACCAGCGUACGGAAGAAAGCGCUGACAGCAAGAAGAAACUGCAACAAUCCAUCGCCCACGUAAGUUUCAACAGCCUGUUGAGUCUCCAGUGGUGA